GUACGAAAGAGACGAUGCAACGGUCGGCGGCGGCGAACAGCACACUGAUGCUUGUUGAUGCCGUCCGUGCUUCUUGGUCGAUCGACGCACAGAUUAUCGUCGCUCGUUAACAUCGCUCUUGUUGUUGGCAGCAACUGACACCAGAACCGCGGUGGAAAUUUGAAAACCUUCCCUUUCUACCUCCUGACCCUCCUCAACUACCCGAAGGAGGAGGACUCCCAAGUUUCCCACAAGAACCGCGUGCGUGCUGGGCUUCUCGACAGUCAAGUCACAACAAUGAUGCUCCAAGGCGGCCUCGGAGCGCUUGCUGCUGCGCUCCUCUGCAUCAUCAGCGCCGGCCCGACGGCGACGGCCCUCCGCGCGCCGGGUCUCCCAUACCGCCUCCUCGCCCCCGGGAACUCGGGCGCCAGGGGCCCGUCGAGGUCGGCGCCGGGGUCGGGGCCCACGCCGCUCGCCGACUCCUCGCGCAUCAAGGCGUACAACUUCUCGGUGCCCGUGGACCACUUCCACAACUCGUCGCGGUACGAGCCUCACUCCAACGCCACCUUCAACCUCCGCUACUGGCUCGACACGUCCAACUACAAGCCCGGCGGGCCCGUCAUCGUGCUCAACUCGGGCGAGUCCAACAGCGAGGCCCGCUUCGACUUCCUCGACCACGGCAUCGUGCCCAUCCUCACAAAGGCCACGGGCGGCGUCGGCGUCGUCCUCGAGCACCGCUACUACGGCACCAGCUACCCGACCGAGGACGUCACCGUCGAGAACCUGCGCUUCCUCACCACCGAGCAGGCGCUCGCCGACAACGCCUACUUUGCGCGCCACGUGCGCUUCCCCGGCCUCGAGAACGUCAACCUCACCGCCCCCGGCACGCCGUGGAUCAUGUACGGCGGCUCCUACGCGGGCGCCAUUGCCGCCUUCACGCGCAAGGUGUACCCGGACGUGUACUGGGGCGCCAUCUCCUCGUCGGGCGUCACCGUCGCCGUGGACGUCUACUGGCAGUACUACGAGGCGGCGCGCAAGUACGCCCCGGGCGACUGCUCGCCGACCCAGCAGAGGCUCAUGAAGGUCGUCGACAGCAUGCUGCUCAGCGGAGACACCGCCAAGGCCGACAAGGUCAAGGACUUUUUCGGCCUCAAGGAGCUCUGGAACGACGAGUUCGCCUCGUACAUGAUGGGCGGCGUGGCCGGCCUGCAGUCCACCAACUGGGACCCUGAGCUCGACGACGCGUCCUUUGGCAAGUGGUGCGCCACCAUCACCUCGGACUCCCUUCUCUUCCAGAGCACCGCGUUCCUCAAGCCCGAGGUUCAAAAGGCCGUCAGCGGCGCCGGGUACAGUGGGCAGGACCUCAAGUCGCUCACCACCAGGAUGCUCAACUACAUUGGCUUCGUCAAGGAUUCGUUGAAGCAGCUCCAGGGUUACUGCGAUGGAAAGGGUCUGCGCGAGUGCCUUUCCGAUCGCUUCUACCCGACAGACAUUAGCAUCGCCGCAGAUGAGUACCGAAGCUGGGUGUACCAGACCUGCACAGAAUGGGGAUUCUUCAUGUCCGGAGAGGCCACGCCAAAUAACACCCUCUCCAUGGUCUCGCGCGCCCUCACGUACGACUACACCACCACCCUCUGCCGCCGCCUCUUCAACAUCACGACGCAUCCAAAUGUCAACGCUAUCAACAAGUACGGCGGCUACAACUUCAGCUACCCGCGCGUGGCGCUCAUCGAUGGCGCGCAGGACCCGUGGCGCGCGGCCACGCCCCAUGCCAUUGGUCGGCCCAGUCGCCCGUCCACAACGACGCAGCCCUUCAUUCUCGUCGACUGGGCCGUGCACCACUGGGACGAGAACGGGCUCAGGGACCCGUCUCAUGCACCGCCCGGGCUCCCGCCUAAGCAAAUCGUCGAUGUGCAGGCCGAGGAGGUGAGAUUCGUCAAGGCGUGGCUGCAAGACUUUAAAAAUAAGAAGAAGAGGGGGGUGAGCGGUGCUACGAGCGAGCUGUAAAAGCUCGCGUGGGCGACGCUGCUGUCAAGAAACCAGAGAGCCGCCAGACAUAACAGCUCUCUUUUCCUUUUGUUGUUUUUUUUUCCCUUGGGAAGGGCAGAGGCAUGUCGCGGCCCGUCAAACGACUGUUUGUUUUUCUCGCCAUCGGCGCCUGCUACCUACCAGUCCAGCUUCGGGGGUCGCGCGCAGUCGCUGCAACCCCCCUUGCAUUGCUACGCGAUCAUCAUCCACCGCAGCCCCGCGAUGAGCUUGUCCAGCCACGCUUUGGACACGUCGAGAUCCGGGAACGUCGUCCAGAAGCCGUGGGGCAGGCCGGGGUAGACGUCGACCUUGGUGCCGAGGCCGGAGUCCGACAGCAGGCGUUCGAACAGCAGCGCCUCGUCUCGGCGCGGGUCCAGUCCGCAGACGGCAAAGUACGCCUUGUCAGCGAUGCCGCCGUGCGACUCGAAGAGCAGUGGGGAGAGGCGGCGGUCCUCGGGCGGAGCGCCGUAUUUGGCUUUUCAUGUAUAUACAUUAAUAUUUCGGGGUCCGUUUGAAGAGCGUAACAUUGAAGACCGGGGAGCGACAAAGGAGAAGACGCACUCGCAUAGUAGUCAAUCGAUUUCCUUGUCAACCCAGGCGCGACGGUG